UAGCGGGCCGCCUAGACCGCCUAGCGGCUGCCCAGGUACCCGCCUAAGCCAUCAUCGAGUUUCUCUAAUGUUUUGCUCCAAAUCACCUCGGAAGCCUAACGCCCAGCGCCUAGGCAGCCGCUUAGACCACGUUUUCGAACACUGGUUAGAAUGAAACUUAAUUAAAAUAGAUCAAAGCAUGACUUUGGUAGGUGAGAAGCCACCAACAUCCAUAUUUAAUAUAGAGACCAUAAUUAUUGUAGUGCGUACAUUAUAUAACCCAAUUAUCAAUUUCCUUUCUCUUUCUCUUUCGAAAAUCAAUGAAUAAUGGGUGAAACUUUAUAAUUUUAACCAGAUCCACAGAAUGUGAAACUUUAAUUUUAAUUUGCUACUAUUUCAUUGCCUUGGAUUUUUGUCACUGGUAGUGGCGACCGAAAAAAGCAAUGAACAGAUGGACAUGGGAAGUACAGAAAUUUCUGGAUGGAUGUUACGAGUGUACGAUCACCUUCAUACGCUCAACCCAAUCUGAUAGGAUUGAAGUUUCUUUUCAAUUUUUUUCUAUCAUUUUUUUUCUAAAUUUGGUUUUGAAUUUGCAGGUACUGGCCUCCAGCAGCCCUCUGCUUGCACAUCCGCACUCUGCAACCUCUAAUUUGGGUCAAUCAUGGUAUUGGUUAUAUCACCACCCAUAUUCCCAGGUGCUAUUACAAAUAUAUACCGUUCUUGAUAUGUCUACUGGAAUGGAUUACAAAAUUAAAAGUGGUGAUGCAGCUGGAGCUUUAAAGAUUGAACCUAUUCAAAGGGCCAGUUUCCUCUAUGUUGCCUAUUAUUGAUGCUACCGAUUUCGUAGCAGACAACUCCCAUUCAAUAUUUUUAGUUAUGAUAUUAUCUUUUUCAAGCUACAAUUGGGAUAUAUUGUAGGUUACUGUGGACAUGUUAAUGUAAAAACUACCCAUAUUUGAAUUAUAAGAAUUUUUUUUCAUUGAGUUUCAUA